UUAUCAUCAACAGCAUGAUCACCAUCUCUAACUCGCUCGGGUAUAACGCGACAGGGCAGAGAGAGGUAAAUCAAACAAAGCCAAGCAACUAACUACCCAGUACUGAGCAAGACCUGAUACUCGCUCCCUGACCAACCACCUCGCCUUGCUAAGACAAAGUAGGCAGUUAGAUCUGUUACAUGCUAGCAUGAUGGCUACCCCUCCCUCCUCUCUAAACUCCCCAACCUGCAGAACCGCAACAACAGCCUCACAGCUCUGCCCUCGUCCUCCGACUCGCCCUCACCUCAAGCUCAAGCUCAAGCUCACCCUUCAAUACAAUAGGUCCAUCCACUUCUACUCCGACUCUUCCCUCCCUCCCAGUCCACGCUUCAACCCAAACUCGCCUUGUCUCGCUGCAUGAGAACCCAGAUCGCGCGCACGCACGCACGCACGCACGCACAUACGCACAUACCCUUCCCGAGCACAGCAGGAUCCGAGUGAGCGAGAUGCCAUGCCAUGCUAUGACAUCGUUGGUUCCCCGCACCAGAAAAGCACUGGUGCCUUACCUUUCAUGCGUUUCUGGGGUUAAUUUACGGCUGUUUCGUGAGUCGCUUAGGUACUUAGUAGGGAGGUAGGUAGAUACUAGGUCUUGACUUGGUUUAUUGGGGGGGGGGG